GUCAGAACUGAGAGAUACUGGGCCGAGGCAGAGGGGUGACGACGGAACGGCCAACAGCCCGAGUUUACGAAACGGGGGAGCGGCGGGGAAACAACGGUCUUCUCAUCCAUUUCACCAAUUCAAGCAUAUUGAGAGGCUUUGAAAAGACAGCCGUCAUGCAUUUGAGUGUAACGGGUGCGCUGUGUGUGCUGUGCGUGUGCAUGCGGGCACUGCAGGCGUGUUUGAUGAUCAGCGAGGUCAACGCUGACAAUCCUAGCUUUGACACAAGGGAAUUUGUAGAACUCUACUAUUUGGGUGGAAGCUCUGUCUCCCUGGAUGGCUAUACACUCGUCUUCUACAACGGCAACGGCAAUAAGGCAUACCGCGUGGUGGACCUUAGUGGACACCAUACGGACCAGCAUGGAUUCUUUCUGGUGGGCUCGGCUGAGCUGCAGCCACGCCCUGCAGUCACCCUUCCACCAAACUCGGUACAAAAUGGCCCUGAUGCCAUCGCCCUAUAUGGCCCAUCAUGGACCCCUGUAGUUGAAGGAGGGAAUGUCUCCUCAGUUGGGCUAUUAGACGCCAUUGUAUACACCUCAAGAAAGACACUGGGCAAGGCCGACGUGCUGGCAUGGGUCCUCACACCUGGCUCCUCUCCGUAUUUGGAGGAUGAUCAAGCCCUAGAGGAUGAUGAAUCAAUACAGCGCUGCUGGCUCUCUGAUAAUCUUUACACCUUUCAAACUGGCCAUCCCACACCGGGAAAGGCCAACGAGUGCCCACCACCUAGUUUCGUUUCACUACGGAUUGAAAGGAUUCAGUUGGGUGGGGAAAGACCGUCUGGACCACUGGAACUCCAUGUUGUUAAGGAAAGAGGGCCUCUGGCCGUGAUCGUGUAUGACACACGCACAGACACGGUCAGCACCAGUGUGGGAUUGCAGGCCAGUGAAGACGGGAUUACCACUGUGAACAUGGACACCACUUCUCUGUCAAAAUUAGAUGGCUGGGCACUGGCGGUAUAUGAAGGCCAGGCCACAGACUUCCCUAAAGACAGCCCUCUGAGUCAGCUGCAGCCGCUCGAUGCCUUUGUCUACAGUGGCAGAACAAACAAGCCCAGUGCUAAUCUCACAGAAACACUCAUACCUGGAAGGAAGCCCUUCAAGCUCAGCAGCGGGAUUUCUGAAGGUGAUGCUUACAUCAGACGAUGUGGUGUUGCUCGCUGGACAAGAGAUCCUGGAAUGUUUCAGCUUGAUCUGCAGAAGUCAGGAGAGUCCAGCCCCUGCACAUGGUAUAACACCUGCCCUUAUGAUUCAGCUAAUGCCAGUAAGGCAGAAGAGCCGUUCGAGCCACCGUCACACAAUGACGAUUUCCUGAUCAGCGAAGUGAACACAGACUCACCAGGUAUAGCAGAGGAUGAAGAGUUUGUGGAGCUAUGGCACCCGUCUGGCCACCGCAUGUCACUCAACAGCAUCUGGCUACUGCUGUUCAACGGCAACAAUGGAAAAGUGUACCGCGAAAUUGAGCUCUAUGGAUACUACACAGAUAACCACGGGUAUUUCUUGAUUGGGAGUGAUAAGCUCAAUCCACAGUUCCCCAUACCAGCCAAUACCAUCCAGAAUGGCCCAGAUGCCAUUGCAAUAUACCGCUCAUCAUCUCCUCCCUCAAGCGAGGGCUCCAACAUUCCAACAAAGGGCCUGCUGGACGCGAUAGUGUACCGGGCACGUGGUUCUGACAGAGACUCUGCAGACUUAAUCCAGGCCCUGACACCAGGACAGCUCCCCCUACUGGAAGACCCUGGUGCACUCACAGGUGAUGAGAGCCUCAGCCGAUGUGGACCAGACAGACUUAACCAUAACUCCUUCGUGGUUGCUUCACCCACACCAAUGAAAAUGAAUGACUGCCCCCAUCCUCCUGAACAGCUGGUCAUUAACGAGGUGGGUGGGGUCUCUGGAGCUGGGCGGGGUCUGUUUGUGGAGCUGCUUGGGCCACCAUUAACUCCCUUACAUGGAUUGGUUUUGGUGCUGUACGGAAGCAGUGGUGAAAGACAUGUGGUGCCGCUGAAGGACAGUUUAGGAGAGCAUGGAUACUAUUUACUGAAGAAUGACUCUGUAGCCAAUCAGAGGUUGCCUGCAGUAGCCAAUCUGGGUGCAGCUUUGUUGUGUUUUGAUUUGCUUGGGGAGGUCAGUGUGUGUGGCAGGAACUCUCAAGUUCAAGACCUGCUGGUGUUCUCUGAUGACCAAAGUCUACGUCACCUUUUCCACAGUGUUACGCAGCAGCAUGUACGCCCAGUUCCCAGCUUUGACUCCAUCUCUCGAUGUGCUACAAAAGGAUCUUCUGUCUGGAUCUCCUCCGACUCAACACCUCACAUUCCAAACUACUGCCCAACCUCCGCCUACUCCAACCCCAUAGACGUGUGCCUGAAGCCGGAAUAUACACAUUUCAACUGUAAUAUGGAUGGAUUUGCUGCAUUGUUUGAAAAGUCCUGUCACUGUGGGAUCUCCAGUCUUCAUCUCAAAGGUGUGAAUUUAACAUGCUUAUCGGAGAAGUUGUAUGUGGAGGGUUCUGUGCUUGCACUGUCUGAACAGCAGAGGGAGCAUGUGGCCCAAACACUGCGCAGCGAACACUUACCCUCCUGCAGCACCGCCCAGGAGCGCCUUUAUAAUAAAGGGUCUUCACUGGGACUACAGGUGGGGCUUGUGUUGGCCGUGGUGUUGUUGUUUGCAAUGGGGGGAGCCAUUUUCUUCUACUUGUACAAGAAGAAACAUCCUCAAGACUACUAUUCAAUGGAGCUGAAUGAACAAGAGUCACCCAUUGAACUCUAGUGUGUGUGUGUGUGUGUGUGUGUGUGCAUGUGUGUGCGUGUGCGCGCGCGUGUGUGUGCGCAUUUUAAGGGAAAUCAAUUGUGUGUGUGUGUGCAUUUUAAGGGAAAUCAAUUGUGUGUGUGUGUGUGUGUAUGUGUGUGUGUGUGUGUGUGUGUGUGUAUAUAUAAAAUCUCUCAUCAUAAGUAAAUCUCAUUUAAUUUUGUCCAAAAGUUCCAGAGCCGUCCAAACUUGGCUGUUAAAGGUGCGCUAAGUACUAUUAUUGUGUUCCACUUGCAAAUGAUUUGCUGUAAACCUUAAACUGAAUGAAGAUGUAGUGUCUGUCUCUGAGACGCAGCUCUGUAGACAGUAAGCAAAAGAGGAUGUUACCCAAGUUCCUGUGAAUGAGGAGUUACAUACAUCACAUAAACUUUAUCCAGGGUCAGAUACUGACCGAGGCUGAAGGUGAAAGAUCCCCAGAAUGUCUCAGAAAUGUUAAAUAUGAGGGGAAAGGGCUCCGCAGUGAAUCCCAUUUGAUAUAUUUGAUACAGGUCAGUCAAAAUCUUUCCCUUGGUAAGUGUUCAUUUCUGACAUUGACAUGACAAAGUUUACAAAGCCAUCCUGUGUCUUUCUUGAGCUUUGAAGGGAAGUUCUACUUACUAUACCUUUUAUAUUAACAUCCACAUAGUUGACUUGGUCGUAAGUCUUAAAUCAGUCUUUUUUAUUGUAAAUAUGUUUGUGUUUUAUUUCAUUUUAAGAUGCGCAUGCUGGUAGCUUCAGCUAUACAUUAUGCAAGGUGGGGCAUUACAUUUAUUAGCCAAGAGCAAGUCCUUUACUCUCUCGUGAAACCGCACUGUAGUUGUUUGCAUUUCAUCUCGGAGGCUAACGAGAAGGGUUCAUUGAUCAUUCAAUGUUACUAUAUUGUAUUCUGAAGUCCUGUUGAGUUUCUGUGAGUCGGAUGUGCCUUUUUUUGGGUAAAUGUGUUGUAUGUGUCCCAAGGGUACUGAAAAUAGAGAAGCUACUCAGGGUACUCAGGGUUACUGCAAGCUGUGUGUGUGUGAGAGCAUUUUACCCAAAGGAGAGUGAAGUGUUUUGUAUGUGCUUAGAUACUUUCGUGGUCACAUUUUAUUUUGGUGGUCCCCUGUAGUUCAUAUACAAAUGCUCUAACUGCUCUACAAUAGGCCUGUGUUUAGUGACUGUUGAUGGAGUUACCAUGGCAACAGCCCCCAUUGAUGGCAGUAUCCCUUGCUGCCAAAAGCAUUGUUGAAUGUUUUCAUCAAAAGACAGAAGUAUUCCACCUUGCAAACCUAACUCGGCUUUGAAAACAUUGGGUAAUGUGAUUUCUUAUUGUACUUCACAUACGCUGAUUAACCAUAACAUUUAAAACUGCCACCUUCUUGUUACACCUAUUGUCCAUUUUAUUAGCUCCACUUACCAUAUAGGUGCACUUCAUAGUUCUACGAUUACAGACUAUAGGCCAUCUGUCUUUAUGCACUCUCUGUUGGCCCACUUUUACCCUGUUUUUCAAUGGUCAGGACCACCAUAAAGUAGGUAUUAUUUAAGAUGUGGAUAAUUUUCCACAUGGUUACCCGAAUAAGAGGACUCUGUUACUGGCAUGGGCCUGCUAACCCUCUAUCUGAAUGUCAGCUGGGUUAGGGUGAGGUUUUAUGGUUGAGAUUAGGGUGAGGUUGAGGGUUUCAUUUAGAGUUCUACAAAGGGAAUUAAUGUUUGAGGUCAUGCUAAAAACAAAAUGCACAUCAACAACGCAUCUACUGUGGACCAUCAAAAUAAAGUGUUGCCACUUCUUGUGCAGAAGAGCAUAUUAACACUUCUUAGAAACAGAUCUAUCUUUUUAUAGUGCACUGCCAAGGGAAGAGUUUCUAAUCUGUAAUACCGUGUCUCACCACUAGAGGCCAGGACCAACUAAAGAUAUGAAUCACA